AUGGCGGGUUGGCACCGGGUAACCGCCCUCUCCCUCGGCUUGUUGUUGCUGUUUUGCGCCUGGUGCAGCGGUAGACCCGCGGAGAAAUGUCUGGGCGGCGAGACCUGUCGCUCCCCGAGACCCCCCGUCGUCCUCAUCCCCGGGGAUCUGGGAAACCAGCUGGAGGCCAAGCUGGAUAAACCCAGCGUGGUCCAUUACAUCUGCUACAGGAAGACGGACACCUUCUUCACCCUGUGGCUCAAUCUGGAGCUGCUGAUCCCCGUCGCCAUCGACUGCUGGAUAGACAACAUCAGGCUGAUCUACAACACCACCACACACACUUCCUCCUCGCCGCCCGGCGUGUUCGUGCGCGUCCCCGGCUUUGGAAAGACCUACUCGCUGGAGUACCUGGACCCCAGCAAGCGGAGCGUGGGUGAGUGGACCAGCCGGGGGGGAGGCCAGUCAGGGGGAGGCCAGCCGGGUGAGACCGCCCGACCGGCUGACCGGACGCUCUGCCCCCUGCAGGCAUGUAUUUCUUCAGCAUCGUGCAGGCGAUGGUGGAGUGGGGCUACACCCGAGAUGACGACGUCAGAGGAGCCCCCUACGACUGGAGGAAAGCCCCCAGUGAGUCCCCACACGCCCAGACCCGCUGCCCCCCCAGCCGGCCCCAGCUCACCCCCUCUGCCCUCUGUGUCCCCCGCAGACGAGAACAAAGAGUAUUUCCUGGCGCUGCAGCAGAUGAUCGAGGAGAUGGCGGAGAAGGCCGGCGGGCCGGUGGUGCUCAUCGCUCACAGCAUGGGGAACAUGUACACCCUGUACUUCCUCAACCAGCAGCCACAGGCCUGGAAAGACAAAUACAUCAAGGCUUUCGUGUGCCUGGGGGCUCCCUGGGCCGGGGUGGCCAAAACGCUGCGCGUGGUCACAUCUGGCGACAAUAACCGCAUCCCGGUGAUCAGCUCGCUGAAGAUCCGCUCCCAGCAGCGCACCGCCAUCUCCACCAACUGGCUGCUGCCCUACGCCCACUCCUGGCCCAAAGACCAGGUUUUGAUCCAAACGCCAAAGGCCAACUACACGGUUCAGGACUACGAGCGGCUCUACUCCGACAUCGGCUUCCAGGACGGCUGGCUGAUGCGGCAGGACACGGAGCCGCUGGUGUCGGAGCUCAGGCCGCCCGGCGUGGAGGUGCACUGCCUGUACGGCAGCGGCGUGCCCACGGCCGCCGCCUACUCCUACUCCGACAAGUUCCCGGACGUGGAGCCGGCGGUGCUGUACGGCAACGGCGACGGGACGGUCAACCUGCAGAGCGCCGUGCAGUGCAAGCGCUGGGCGGGCCGCCAGCGGCCGCCGGUCACCCUGAAGGAGCUGCCGGGCAACGAGCACGUCAACAUGCUGACCAACUUCACCACCGUGGCCUACAUCAAGACCGUGCUGUUCUCCCCCUGA